UCGCAUUUCUUUUGCCAAGGGAGCGCUAGGAUAUUUAUGCUCCCCGAGACCAAUUCUGCGUGGCUCUCUAUUUGAAAAGGAGCCCUUUUUCAUCGUCCACUUGGUGUCGCAGCCGAUCCUUGACGUACUAUCAUUUUUCCUCAGCCCAGACCGUGUUCCCGGUUCAGCUAUUCAGGGUCACCUGCUGACCCGCGAUUGACACUUACGAUGCCAUCGAGACAGUCCACUGUUCCGAAUUUAGAUCUAAGCACUUCCACUCUGCAGGCGGAUGCGAAGAUCUCGUCUCCACUGACGCCCGGUGCCCAAAGCUCCGAGGGGCCAAGUCCCCUGACACCCCGUUCCCCCAAGUCAUCAUCGAGCUCGCCCUUUUUCAAAGGGGCCACUAUCAGACCCGUCACACAAGAUUCGAACAGCAAGUCGAGCAGCCCUACAUUCCCAGCGGCCUCUCCGGGUAUUGCUCCUGCGGAACCAGCUACUCCGGGUAUCACGGCUAUACCCCAGUAUCCUCCUUCCCCGAAAGACACCCCUAAGCACACGCGUGAUCAGUCACGCUCUUUCUUUGCGAACCUCAAAGCACCAAAGUCAUCACAUAGGGCCCAACGGUCGGAUAGCUCAGGGAAUUCGGGCGAAAAGCCCAAGAGCCGCGGCAGUUCCAGGGACCGCAAAACCCAGAUCUCAACGAAAUUUUACGAAUCGACUCCUGAUCUGCCAGGUGCUAUUGAGCGAGCAACUCAAGAAGAGAGUCGUGGUGACCGCGCUGAGGAGAAGUGUCCCCAACCAACAGAGGUGAAGAAAGUGGGCACGGAAUCGGAGGCCUUCAACCUAGCCAAGAAGAAUAAGCCGCGCUUCGCAAAUCUCCUCUCUCGCUCCCGCUCGAUUAGGCUGGACGACUCCUCUAUGAACAGGAUAGCGAAUCGGCGCCCAUCUACCAGCCUGAUGAGGCUCGAAGAAAACACCCGCAGGGAGGUGCAAGAGCCCCCGAAGUCUGCCUCACGUCAUGAGCGCGGAAUCAAAACAGCGGGGAAUCCUACGGCUCGCAGUUAUACCGCCGACCGUCCCACGGAAUAUCACAACGGUCACAUGCGUAAAGAUAAAUACUAUGCGGGAUCGAUGGUUCCCUCCGCCUCACUAAGUCAGGUGUCAGGCGCAUCUGCUGCGCUAUUCAAUAACCUCAAACAAUCAUCAAGUGGUGCCGCUGAUCGUAUCGGCAAGGCUGGGAAGGGUUUUUUCGGCAAGAUUACCAGAAGCGGGAGCACGAAUGAGCGGGAGCUCGUGAAUGACGACAAUUAUGUUUGCUCAGUCAUCAAUCUGCCACUGAUACAGCAGGCAAGACGGACUCGUAUCGCAAAGCGACUUGAAGAUUGUCGAGACAAAACCGAGUUCUGGAUGCCUGCUCUACCUUACCGCUGCGUCGACUACCUCAAUUUCAAGGGGUGUGAGGAAGAGGGACUCUACCGAGUCCCGGGAAGUGGGAAAGAGGUGAAGCAUUGGCAAAGACGUUUCGAUACAGAACUUGACAUCAACCUUUUCGAUGUGCCAGACCUUUACGAUAUCAACACUAUUGGCUCGAUGUUCAAGGCUUGGCUUCGUGAAUUGCCAGAUGAGCUCUUCCCCAAGGAGACACAAGCCUUAAUUGCUGAGAAAUGCGAGGGUGCGACGACUGCGCCACAAAUGCUGAAAGAUGAACUUUCCAAAUUGCCGCCUUAUAACUAUUACCUUCUUUUUGCCAUCACUUGCCACCUCAACCUCCUGCACUCCUAUGUCGACCAGAACAAAAUGGACUACCGCAACCUUUGCAUUUGCUUCCAGCCUUGCAUGAAAAUUGAUGCAUUCUGCUUCCACUUCCUGGUCUGCGACUGGAAGAACUGCUGGCAAGGCUGCUGGACAGAGAAAGAAUACCUUCAGAUUGAGAAGGAAUUGGAUGAAAAGGAAAAGGCGGCCCAGGAGAAGGAUGAGGCAGUCCACGAUUGUCAGCAAGUUCAACAACCUCAACAAAGCCAGCAAAGCCAGCAACCCCAGCAUCCUUAUCAAGCUCCACAGAGCGACGAAAGAGCUGUUUCUUCCGGUAGUAGCCAACUAGGACAGGAAGAAGAGCCACCGCGUCCCGAAGUACCGAAGAACCGCAAACAAAAACCAAAGAACAUUGAGACCUCACAUACGAGAAGCAUAUCACAGCUUCCCGAACUCGGCCCCCCACUGUCCCCGAUACAGAUCUAAACAACAUCCUCUAUAGAGUUUUCACCAGCGAUAUUCCAUUACGCUGGUAUCCACCAACAUCCCAUUUCCUUGCCCGACUAGGCUGGCCUACAUGCUCGAAAUCCUACUUCACCAUGCGUAAGGCCUGGGACUGGAUCCGCAGGUUGUGCAUGAUGACGAAUUAUAUCUUUCGAUUGUGACCCGGCUCAUACACCAUUUCCCCAUAUCUUGCUCUAGACGUUGGCGCAUACAUGAAUCUUCAGCUUUCCAUCUUUAUGCCUUAACCAAUUUGGUUUCGCGACGAUUUUCCAGCUAUAUCGGGCCACCAUCAGACUGCAUGCCUGGCGCCUUGGAGUCGGUUCAGUUCAGGCCUACAUGAUGCUUUGACUUUUUGUUGUACAAAUCUUUCUCUUCGUCUUCUCUUUCUGUCUUUGCUCAAUCCCAUUUUCACUUCAUGGCACCGUUGGCGACAUAAUUCCUUUCUAGCCUUUUCUUGUUCUUUUUUUCUUGGAAUCAUCAAACGCAUGUAUUUCCUUAUCUCCAUUUUUACCGGCUUAUUCAUCUAUUGAUUCCCCACUUGAGCUGUGUUACGGUGCGUUUCCCUCGAAUUUGGCGACUCAUGACACAUUUUUGGUCCUUGCUUUGUACUAUUUCUCAAUUCUUCGGCGUAUAUUGGUACAUAGCUGUAAGAUAGACCAAUAACAGGCGAUGCAUCAAUAAAGAAACAAACUUG